AUGGAGUCUGCUAAGAGCAACCACACUCCAAUGGGAACAACCACGAGACUGGAUGAGGAUCAAGAAGGUAAAAGUGUAGACCAAACAAGGUACAGAGGUAUGAUAGGCUCCCUACUUUAUCUUACAGCAAGCAGACCAGACAUCGCAUUCAGUGUAGGUGUCUGUGCCCGCUUCCAAUCUAAUCCAAAAGAAUCUCACCUCACAGCUGUCAAAAGAAUUCUAAGAUAUCUAAAAGGAACAGACGAUUUGUGCCUAUGGUACCCUAACUAUGAUCACUUUGAUCUCAAAGGAUAUACAGAUGCUGACUAUGCAGGUGACCUAGUAAACAGAAAGAGCACAUCAGGAAUGGUUCAAUUCCUAGGAGCAUGUGCAGUCUCCUGGGCUUCAAAGAAACAAACACAGUGGCAUUAUCCACAACAGAAGCUGAAUAUGUAG